UACAUGUCUGUCUCGUCUUUUAUGAGACUUCCGUACACAUAAUCAUAGCAUGUCGUCUGUUAGAAACUAGUUGAGGUCCCAGUGCCAGUCAGUGUACCGCAAAAACGCGACCAGUUGCCAAUUGGUCGCCCAAACAUUCAGCUUCAGCGAAUCACCAGUGUGUAAGGACCUUGUUCGAAGACGCAAGACAUCUCACUCUCGAAAAGGAUUGUUCUAAACAUCUCGCCAAUCUCGAACCCAGCCGACCCGGCGAAUCACAGACUUCAACUUACAACUUCCACGCUCUCCCACCCGAUUGGCGCUCGGUCUCGAACCUCACCUCCAGUUUGCGCCAGCACUGAACACACAACCAUGGCUCAAGACGAUGGCGGCAUGGCCUCGCCAGGUCUGAACGAAGGCCCCAAGAUCACAGAAGUGACAGCACCCACCGCCUCCCCCCAACCAUCACCAUCACCAUCAGCAGCAACAACCCAACCACCAACCGAACCAUCACCAGCAACCCUCGGCGCAGACGAAGAAGAAAAAGAAGAAGGAAAAGAAGAAGAAAAAGAAGAAGAAAAAGAAGAUGAUGAUGACCCCCCUCCACCCCCAAAACCAGCGCCAAAACUCUGCGCCGUAUGUAACACCCAACCAGGCAAAUACAAAUGCCCCCGCCCCGGCUGCGCAAUGCCAUACUGCUCAAUCCCCUGCCACAAAUCCCACAAAUCCAACCACCCCCGACCCUCCCGCCCCAACAUCCCAACCCACCCCCCAAAGCACCGCUCCCAAUCCCUCUCAGCAAACCAACAACGACCCCUACAAAAUCCUCCUCGACCACGCCCACGUCUUCCAGCGCCUAGUAAAGAAAUACCCCUCCCUCCCAUUCGUCCUCGACUCGAUCCACUCCCAGACUUUGCCCCCUCCAACACCAUCUUCCAGUACAACAACACCGUCUUUCCUCCAGAACAAUAACAGGAAAAGAAAAGAACCGCCUUGGUCAAAGGAUGUGGGGUUGAGGAAGGGGGCGAGCGCGCUGAAGAAGGCGAGGACGGACCCGACGGAUAGGGGGGAUGGGGUGAGGGAGUUUUGUGAUGCGGUGCUUUAUUUGUUGAGUUUGGGGGAGGAGGAAAAGGGGAAAGGGGAUGGGGAUGGGGAUAGGGAUGGGGGGCCGAGGCCGGUGGCGGAACGGGCGGUUAAGGAGGUUGGUGAGGAGGUUAGGAUGGAGGAGAGGAGGGUUGUGGAGGGCUUGCUGAGGGAGGAGGGGGGUGUGUGA